AUGCCUUGCAGAAGAAGCAGGACCAGGUGGGAAGUGCGUCCAUCUCAUCUAGCACAGCACAUGUGCAUCCACCUCUGUCUCGACACACCACACCCCUUUCUCUCUUGCAGACGACGCAGGAGAAGAAAAAGGCUGAGCAGGACUUUGACAGACGCAUGCAGGUGGGCUGGCAGAAACGAGGGAGGGAGGGAGGAGCGAGAGGAGGGGAUACACAGAAACACAGAUGACCAUCCGUGAGUCCUUUGGCUGAAUGGCUGGCUUCUCAGACAAAGUCGAUGGUGCUCAAGGACGACGACGAAGAGGACGACUAACGACUACGAAGAUACUACGGAGGUAGGCGGAUAGACCCCCCAACACACACGCACACACGUGAAUUGUAUCGACGAACCACAACACACACACCUUGUCUCCCUCUGUGGUGUCUGUGUGUGUGUGUGUGUGCGUGUGCGUGUGUGUGUUAGGUACAUCCGUGACGUCUGAUACACACCGAAUCAGACACAUACGGCAGCUGCUGUGGCCUGUACAGGGUGGCGAGGAUAUGCGUGUGACUGAGGACGACUACCAGAAAUCUCCCAAGACGAUCGUACCCGGUAGGCAGCGACUGCACCACACUCACACACACGAGGGGGGCCCCACACACGCCAACACGAUUGAGUGGCUGCACUGUCGCGUGUGCCAGGGCUCGGGUAGAUGAUGGGCAAGAUGAGCAGUUUCUUCACCGGUGGCGGCGGCGGCGCUGCUGACAGUAGCGGGCAGAAGAAGCCCGUGGGACGUGACGCCCUGGGUACACACACGUAAACCACACCACAAGGAAGGCCUGCAUCUGUCUGUGUUUCAGGGCGUGUGGUUAAGGAGCAGGAGGAGGUCGACCAAGCUGCGAAGAAACACACAAAGCACACGACGGGAGGACUAGUAAACACCUCCAAGCACCAAACACGCCCAGACAAACAAACAAACAAACAUCCGCGCUUCAAGAAACGCGUCGCUGUCGUGUUUUGUUGAUGUCAGCUUGGCAUCCCGCUCUCCUUCCCGCCCAUCAAGACGCAGGGCAAGAGUAUGCAAAGACACACAAAGACAGACAGACAGAUGCACCCUCAUGUCGCUGUGUGUGUGUCUUGUCAGAACCGGCUCCUCCUCCGAAGCCCAAGGUAGCCAGCCCCCACACAACAAACACACCAGUGAGCGUGUGUGUUGUCUUUCUGCGUCGGCUGCGUGUACGUACGUAUUGUGCAGGUGGUCCGACAGCCGGAGUUGAAGGUGGGGCGGGAGAUCCACACCACGUGGUCGGACGAUCCGGCCCCCAGGCCCUACACCUCCGUCCUGCCCAGGUCGGAGUAG